GCGGUGAGGUCAGCGUGAUGUCAUCCUGAAGGUGAGUGAUGUCACCCCGAAGAUCUCCCAGGCAAGGUGAGCUUGCAUUUUGGUGAGUGUGUGGUGCUCCCCAUCCAGAGAGGUGAAACAUGGUAAUCAUCAUCGCCGCCACCGCCACCAGCUCAAGCUCUGCCGCCCUGCUCUUCUCAUCUGCCGAGGGGCUUAUUGCGUUACACGCUCGCAGCCCCGACCUGCCUUCCAAAAAUAAGCCCCUGCCACCAUGCCGAAAGAAGAAAAACAAGAGUGGUAUUUUUAGGGGCAUUAAUUUUGACCACGUGCCCCGAGGGUAAACCGGAUGGCCACUGCGCAAAGGUUCCUCAUCAGUAUGUGCGAGAGCAGCGGGCGCUGGACGUGGACUGCGGUUGUUCUGCUGGGCUUUCUGCUUGGGAUCGUGUCCUCCUACCCCAUCUCGAACAGGACUAAUGCAACUUCACUGGAGAAAAGGUGGGAGACGCUCUUCUCCCGCUCCGUUUUGGGGAUCUCGGUGGAGAAAUCGGACAUGAACUGGGAGAGUGACUAUUUGCUGGGCAUUAAGAGAGUGCGGAGGCUGUACUGCAACGUGGGCAUCGGGUUUCACCUGCAGGUCCUGCCAGACGGAAGGAUAAACGGUGUCCAUAAUGAGAACCAGUACAGUCUAAUAGAAAUCUCAGCGGUAGAGAGAGGAGUGGUUAGUCUAUACGGCGUGAAAAGCAAGCUGUUUGUCGCAAUGAGCAGCCGCGGAAGGUUAUACGGAACGAGGGCCUUCCGUGACGAGUGCAAGUUCAAGGAGACACUGCUGCCCAACAAUUACAACGCAUAUGAGUCUUCCAUUUACAAGGGCUUUUAUAUCGCCCUCAGCAAACACGGCCGCUUGAAGCGAGGCUACAAGGCUUCCCCAGCAAUGACUGUCACACAUUUCCUCCCACGUUUAUGAGCAAACCUGGCAAUAACACAAUAAUUUGCACAUGUUGGAUGUUCUCGUAGGUAACCCAAACAUGCUAAGAGGUGAACUGCAAAGAACUAAAAUAACACUUACAGUAUUUAUUCUCGUUGAAAUAAUAAUAAUAAUAAUAUAUGUAUAUUUCGGUAGCUUACUUUGUGUCUGAACUUUGUGUACAUGCCAUUCUUUGCUGCUUAUGAUUUAUAUUAUGAAUAUUAUGAGAGUCGAGGAGCUUUUUUUGCUCUCACUUUUUAUGGGUGCUUGCCAUAACUGGUGUAAACCUUACCCGGCAUUGGACUAACAUCCCUAGCUUUUACAGUGAAAUGGAUACUUUUUAUUACCUCAAAGAGCCAAGUCCGCAUUGAAAAAAGUUAUGGAGGGAAAAACAAAUAUCAGUUUACUCUGAUCUUCAUCUGUUCCACCAUUUUUCUAGGAAGAUGAAAGCACUUAUUUUUCAUGAUUAGGUGGUGCCUUAGCCUCUGCUAUUUUGCCUCCUUUUAUGCAUGCAAGAAAGAGGUUUUUGUUCCAAAUUUAAAUCAAUAACCAAAUAGUCAACAUUAAAAACUGAACUCAGAGAGGGCUAUUUUACGCCUCUUGUAAGUUCAGAAUUUGACUAAAAGUCUGUGGACGGCUGGUCCUGAAAGGUUUGGGUGCUUCCAUUUGAAUGAAUACUGAUCAAGCUAGUGAAAUGCACAGAAUUGCAUUAACCUUGAAUUAUGUGGCACGAUUAUAUGGUAGCAUAGCUGUUGCUUAGUGAUAAGAAAACCGCUGAUUUGAUUUAUCGGAUUAAAUAUAGCGUGUGAUUAAGCUCUUUUUUAAUCACAUGUAUUGGUAUUAGUCAGCGGCGUCUAUGUUUUACCUCUACAGUCAGUGAGGGCUCAUUCUCCAACAUGUUGACUGCAUACUUGAACUCCACCUCAGAAAGUCUUUGGAAUGUAAAAACCAAUACAACCGUCUUAAUCUGUUCGAGAUAACAUAAUCUGCGCAUUACUUUAUGUUUGAAUAUAAGCAUAGACCUGAACACCUGUGCACACUCUUAAAUUCCCAAGUCAGUUGACCUUGUCUAGAGAAUUUGUUUCAAGUCGCACUUGAAAUUUAAUUGAACUUCGGUAUUUGUAGGCAUUCCCCUUCCCUCACCCCACUUUUUUUAGUUAUACAAUUACAGGAAUAGUUCACCCCAAAAUUUCAAUUUGCUGAAAAUGUACCCUCAGACCAUCUAAGAUGUAGAUGAGUUUGCUUCUUCAUCUGAAAAAAAUUGGAGAAAUUUUGCAUUACAUUACUUGUUCACCAAUGGAUCCUCUGCAGUGAAUGGGUGCCGUCAGAAUGAGUCCAAACAGCUUUAAAAAAUCGAAAUAAUCUACAAGUAAUCCACAUGAUUCCAGUCCAUCAAUUAUUGGUUCAUCAAGAUGUUUUUAACUUCAAACGAGUCCUAUUAUUCAUAGUAUUGCUUGUUUUGUCUGAGGAGUUGUCUGAAGAGAAAAAGUAAGACAGAUCAAGCAAAAACAGUCCAAAACAAUUCAGAAAAUAUGUUGGUGAAUUUUGAUGUUACAAACACUCAACGUUUCACGAAAGAUGUUAACUGAUGGACUGGAGUCAUGUAGAUUAUUGUGAUGUUUUUAUCAGCUGUUUGGACUCUCAUUCUGACGGCACCCAUUCACUGCAGAGGAUCCAUUGGUGAGCAAGUAACAUAAUUCUAAAUUUCUCCAAAUCUUUUCUGCAUCUACAUCUUGGGGUGAGUAAAUUUUAAGUAAAUUUUCAUUUUUGGGUGAACUUCUCCUUUAAAGAAAUAACAAACUCUUUUAAAUUCAAAUAAUGCUAAACUAUUAUUAGAAUAUUCAGUUAAAGUCUGAGGCUCUCAUUUUCCAUCUGCUCACACUGCAACAAUCAAGAUCUGUUUUUAUCUUUGCAACUAUACACUUAAAACAUGUGCAAAACACGUCAUGUUAGAACACGUGUUGGAUUUCUGUCGCAGCUGCAAUGUGCAGGAGAGAAAUAAAGGUUUUGAUAAUCACUGCAGUGCUAGCUAGUACAUACUGACCUUGAUUUCUCUUGCAUUACUGCUUCUACUUGACAUUUUGAGACAUCUUAAUGAUACAAAGGAGAAGGAUGUUAUUUUUGAUAACAGUUAUGGCUGGGAUGUUUGAGCCAGGUACACUGAUAUUUAGAAUAUAUACAAUGUGCUCAUGGAGUGUGUUUGUGACUUUUUUUCUUAAAGCUAUAUUUCACCCAAAAAGAUUACUCACCCUCAUGUCGCUCCAAACCUGCGUGACAUUUUGUCUUCUGUGGAAUGUAAAAGAAGAUAUUCUGAAGAGUGUUUUGGACCCCAUUGACUCUCAUUAUAUGGGAACUUAAGAACGGAAGUUGCACGGGUUUAGAAUGACGUGAAGGUGAAUAAAUAAUGACAGAAUUUUCAUUUUUGGGUGAACUGUCUAAGCAAAAUGAAAACUAUGGUCUAUGGUUAUGGUCAUUUUUUAAUGUUCUGGGAAUAAAGAGAGAUUUUCAGCUGUACUAUGUUGAAAAUAUGAACCAUAUAUUAGUAUUGACACCUAUGGAUUUAAAAUUCUCUGUACCCCAAAUAAGGCAUGCAAUGUGAUUGCUUCAAUGAAACUGUCAAAAUGACUGCUUUUUUAUGUAUGUGAUGACUGAUGUUAAUUUAUUGAUAUGUAUCUCCACUGUACCCUGUCCUCUAUCACAUUUCUGAUCUCUUUAAACUUAGAUGAAAUGAAACGAAUUUUGCAUGAUUUUUAAUGCAAAAUGAUGGACAGAAAUGUGCAUCUAGAAGUUAAGCCCUCUAAACUAAGUGCUUAUACAGAAACAGCUAUUUCUUAUGUAAGUUCCACCGGUUUCUUUGUACUGUACUUUGUCUCCAGCUUUGAAAUGGCCCCAUUUGCGGCUUGCGAGAUGAUUGUAAGGGGUGGUGCAUGUGUGUGUGUGUGUCCUUGUACGUAUGCAGCCUUUGUGUUUUCUCAGUUUUGUAUUCCUGCACUGAGGGGCAGACGCCCCCUCCAAAUUCCCCUCCUAUUUUCUAACAUAUACCUCACCUUCUGCCUUAGUUCCAAUUUGUUGAAAUGAUUGUACGAUUUGUUGGAGACAACAAACUUUUUGCCAAUCAUUUUGUUCUCUGAAAAAAAUGAAAAAAGAAAAAAUGAGUAAGAAUUCUAAUAUAUUAAGAAAAUGUUUCCUUUUAUUUUUAUACGUAUGUGCUGUGCACAGCAGCCAACUGUAUUACUGAAAUGAAAAUAAAAGGUUGUUUUUUA